ACACGUGUCCUCAGUGUGAGCUGAGGCUCUCGUGUUAUUUUGGGGGUCAGCUGUCCUUUGGCCCUCCUCCUCUUCCUCCUCCUCCUCCUCUUCCUCACCUCCGCUGCUUCGCUGCACCGGUACCGAAUUCUCAGAGGAUGGAGACGCCGGUGACAGCGGCUGAGCUGGUGGUGCCCCCCCCGUCGGACGGGAAGGCUAAGAAGGCAGAAGGCGAGGCGGGAGCCCCUCCCUCCUCCGCCGACCACCCCGACCCCAUGGAGGGGUUCAAGAGAAGGCUGGAUGACAUCAUCAGUGUCUACGGGUCGGCCGCCGAGCUCCUGGAGCAGCAGAGUUUGAUGGAGGCGGAGCAGACGGAGAAGGAGCCGAUGGACGACGUCCCCGUUGCCAUGGAGACAGAGGUUUGCCUCAUCAUGAAGAGCCUGAACAAGUUCUCCUCUCCGGAGAACAAGCUGGACCACCUGGUCAGGAAGUACGCUGAAGUGGAGGCGCAGCGGCGCAGCGACCAGAGGAAGCUGUGCGUCCUGCAGAAGAAGAUGGCCGCCCUGACGGAGGAGCGCCGCGUGCUGACGGAGGAGCGGCGCAGCGGCGUCGGCGCUCGAAGCAAACUGGAGUCGCUGUGCCGCGAGAAAGAGCUCCCUGCCCCUCACUAUGCAGUAGAGACCCUGCGACGCUGCAGGCUGACGAGAGAUGAGACGGAGAUCACGGAGCACUUCCAGGCGAUGCUGACGGAGAUCCAGGCCCAGAUCGAGCAGCACAGCGCCCGCAACGACAAGCUGUGCCACGAGAACAGCAGCCUGACAGACAAGCUGGAGGGCCUCAUGAGCCAGUGCGAGAUGAGGGAGGAGAGUUUGGAGAAGAUCAACAAGCACCGCGAGCUGCAGCACAAGCUGACGGAGGCCAAGCUGCAGCAGGCCCACGCGCUGCUGAGCGAGGCCGCCGAGAAGCACAAGAGGGAGAAGGAAUACUUACUGGUUCAGGCUGCUGAGUGGAAACUGCAGACUCAGACACUCAGAGAACAGGGGGCAGUGAUGCAGGCACAGCUUAACCUCUACGCUCAGAAGUUUGACGAGUUUCAGGGGACGCUGGCCAAAAGCAACGAGAUCUACGUCCGCUUCAAGAAGGAGAUGGACAACAUGUCGGAGAAGAUGAAGAAGAUGGAGAAAGAGUCGACUCUGUGGAGGACGAGGUUCGAGAACUGCAACAAGGCUCUGAAUGACAUGAUGGAGGAGAGAGCUGAGAAAAGCAAAGAGUACGACAUUUUUGUCCUGAAGAUUCAGAAUCUGGAGAGGUUGUGUCACGCCCUGCAGAGCGAGAGGGUGAUCCUCUACGAGAAAAUCAAGGAAGUUCGCCAGACCAACUCCGACAUCUCCGCAAAGGCCUUCAGAAGCACCAAUGAAACCCCCAACCCAGAGGGGGCAAACGGAGCUGCCUCGCCGACCACCAUGGACCUCCAGGACUUCCAGAAGGAGGAGUUGGUCCUCACGGAGGGCAUGUCCCGUUUGAGGGAGGAGCAGGUGAAGCUGCAGGAGAUCGCUGCCUCCCUGAUGGCCACAACCAGCAACAACCACAAAGAGGACAACGCUGAUGUAAACCCAGAAGAAGACUUGAUGUCCUCUGCGUUUCUCCAGUUCCAAACCAAAACGCAGGUCAUAGAGGAAGCGGUUUUGGUCCAGGCGCUAGACGUCAAAUCAGAGGCUGCAGAAGGUCUCCCCGUCCAAGUCGAGGAGGAUCCAAAGCCAGCCGGUUCCACACCGGUGGAGGAAACCUCUGAAAUAAUACCUGCAGACACGGUGAACGUUCCAACCCCAGUCCACGAUGAAGAGGUUCACGCAGUCAAACCACGAGAGGAGAUCCACCAGCAACCGGAUGAACAAGCACCAACAUCCAAGCUCAAAGAAGCCCAGAUCAACCCUCCCACGGAGCCCAACCCGAAAGCUGCAGAGGCUGAGAUCCCGGUCGAGGCUGGCGAGGUAAAACCAGUGAUCCCUGUGGAGGACUGGGAGCUCCACGCUGAAUCAGUGCAAGGACCGAAUGCCGAGUCCUCCAAGAAGCAAACGCCAAAGAAGAAGAAGAAGAGGAACGGCAAGAAUGCCAGCUAAAGUGGAGGUGUGUGUGGUGACAGUGUGGUGGUGUGUGUGUGUAAAUCUUUAGUUGGUCCCAACUGGUUUAGUAUUUUUGUCCCUUUUCUAAAGAUUCAAUCUACCAAAACAAAAGCCUGUUGGUGGAAAAUUAAAAUCUCUUCGACAUGAAAUCAUUCGAUGGCAAUAAAGUCAUUUUCUGACAACA